AUGGCUUCCCACGAGGUUCCCCAGGAUUACAUCCAUGACUCUGACCAGAGUUCUUCAGUCGGAGUCAAGGUCAACGCCACAGAAUUUCAAGAAGACAUUGGAAGCGUCAUAACCGCAAGAAGGGAGCCCCCUCCAUAUGUGAAGUCACUCAGUCCAGAGGAACGAAAGGCCGCAGAGCGGGCCCUUGUUCGAAAAAUCGACUUUCGACUGAUCCCUAUGAUUGUCAUCAUGUAUAUUCUCAACUACCUUGACCGCAACAAUAUUGCUGCAGCCAGACUUGCUGGUCUCGAGGACGAGCUGAAACUUCAUGGCACGCAGUACCAGACAGCUGUCAGUAUCCUGUUCGUCGGUUACCUCCUGAUGCAGAUUCCAUCCAACUUGUUUCUCAACAAGAUCGGCAAGCCCCGUAUCUACCUACCCACGGCUAUGGUCAUCUGGGGAACUAUCUCCGCCGCAACUGCUGCUGUCAACUCCUUUGGAGGUCUCAUCGCCGUUAGAUUCUUUCUUGGUUUCGUAGAGGCCUGUUACUUCCCAGGCUGUCUGUACUACCUCAGUUCCUGGUUUACCAGGAAGGAGUUGGGUUUCAGGACGGCGCUGUUGUACUCGGGGUCUCUUAUCUCGGGUGCCUUCUCGGGCCUGAUCGCCGCAGGGAUCACCAAGAACAUGGAUGGGACUGCGGGCUUACGAGCCUGGAGAUGGUUGUUCAUCAUUGAAGGCUGCGUCACCAUUCUGGUCGCGUUACUGGCCAUCUUCAUCCUGCCAAACUUUCCGCGAACGACGCCCUGGCUGAGCGCCCAGGAGAAGGAGCUGGCCGUAUGGCGUCUCGAGGAGGAUAUCGGGGAGGACGAUUGGGUGGGUGCCGAGCAACAGACUUUUUGGCACGGUUUCAAGCUCGCCGUCAAGGAUAUCAAGAUGUGGAUCAUGAUGCUCAUGCUGUUCUGUAUCGUCGCGUCCGGCUCGGUGACAAACUUCUUUCCGACCGUCGUCCAGACGCUUGGAUACGGCGAUAUUGCCUCGCUACUGCUCACCGCACCACCCUACGUGCUCUGCGUCAUCACGGCCUUCUUCAACGCCUGGCACGCCGACCGCACCGGCGAACGCUUCUUUCACGUCACCUUACCGCUCUACGUGGCUGUGGCAUCGUUCAUCCUCGCCGCCGCGACCACGGCGACCGCACCGCGCUAUCUCGCCAUGAUGCUCAUGGUGCCGGGCGUGUACACGGGCUACGUGGUGGCGCUCGGCUGGAUCAGCAACACGAUGCCCCGACCGCCGGCCAAGCGCGCCGCCGCCCUCGCGGCCAUCAACGCCGUCAGCAACACCUCGUCCAUCUACGCGAGCUACAUGUUCCCCGAGAGCGACGGGCCGCGCUAUGUCCUGGCCAUGAGCGUCUGCUCCGCCACGGCAUUUAUCGCCAUCUGUGCCGCCACCGUGCUCCGGAUCAUCUUGGCAAGGCUGAACCGCAAGCUUGACCGCGGCGAGUGGGUCGAAGGCGCGGUCAACUCUCCCGCCGCCACUGCGGCCGCCAGAGAUGCCAAGGGCGUCGUGGGCAGUUCAGUCCUUGUCCAGGAGGGCGCGGUGCCCGCCGAGGCUGCUGCAAGAGGGUUCCGCUUCUUGUUGUAA